UGCACCCGAUAGAGAGGGCCCGGCCCAAAAGCUGAUCACCUCCUCUCGCAUCGUAUCAGCGCGGAACCCGCCGCCGCCGCCGCCCUCCUCCUCCUCUCCCUGCUCACGAGCGAGCAAGCCCGCAGCAACACCGCACCGCACCUCGUCGGCUCGUCCUUCCACCGCUGUUCUGGGCGGACCGGCACGGGCACCGACGACGUCGCCGGCCAGUUUUAAAGGAUUAAGGCCACCAUGAAACAUCCAGUAAGCUUAUAUGGUUUCCAUCACUUCCUUUCUUCAUGCUCCUCCAGGCUAAAGAGUCACUUGGGAAGAUGUUUUCAGCUGGUACGAGCUACUAUGGAGGACUAGUGCAAUCACAUGCACCUUCAGCAUUUGAUCUUAGGCAUUAUCUCAGCUCCUAUAACAAAACUUCCAAAUGUGUUAUUCCAUGCAAGGCUCGUUCAUUGUCGCAAUUUUCGUGUGGGGGCAGUUCUGCAGACCAAGAGAUUGUGAUUGCUAUGGGAAGCAACGUGGGUGAUAGAGUCAGUACUUUUGAUAGGGCGCUGCAGAUGAUGAAAAGCUCAGGCGUGAACAUCACUAGGCAUGCCUGUCUGUAUGAGACUGCCCCUGCUUAUGUGACUGAUCAACCACGGUUCCUGAACUCUGCCAUUCGUGGUACGACCAGGCUGGGACCUUACGAGUUGCUUAAGAAACUAAAGGAAAUCGAGAAGGAUAUCGGACGCACUGGUGGAAUAAGGUAUGGCCCGAGACCAAUCGAUCUAGACAUACUUCUGUAUGGUAAUUCCCAGAUCCAUAGUGAGACUCUAAUUGUGCCUCAUGAACGCAUUCAUGAGAGGCCAUUUGUCUUAGCACCUCUUGUCGACCUUCUGGGUACAUCCCGUGAUGAUGGUAUUGAAACAAGUUGGCAGUCGCUCUCAAAGUGCAGUGGUGGUUUCUUUGAAUUAUGGAAUAAACUUGGGGGUGAAUCUUUAAUUGGAACAGAAGGUAUUAAAAGGGUACUGCCAGUUGGGAAUCGUCUGCUUGAUUGGUGCGAGAGAGCCCUAAUCAUGGGGAUCCUUAAUGUGACACCAGACAGCUUUAGCGAUGGGGGUAAGUUUCAACAAGUGGAAGCUGCCAUUUCUCAGGCCAAGUUAUUAAUCUCACAAGGUGCAGAUAUCAUUGAUAUUGGUGCUCAAUCUACCAAGCCCUUUGCAAAGAGAUUAUCUCCAAAUGAAGAGCUUGCGAGGUUGAUUCCUGUUCUGGAUGAGGUCACAAAAAUUCCAGAGAUAGAGGGCAAGUUGCUCUCAGUGGAUACAUUCUAUGCGGAAGUCGCCACUGAAGCUGUGAAAAGAGGAGUUCACAUGAUCAACGAUGUAUCAGGUGGACAGCUUGAUCCGAGAAUUCUUAAAGUUGUAGCUGAGCUGGGAGUUCCGUAUGUUGUAAUGCACACGAGGGGAGAUCCAUCAACUAUGCAAAGUGAGGAAAAUUUACAGUAUGUUGAUCUCUUCAGCGAAAUUGCUUCUGAGCUGUAUACAAAGGUGAGAGAAGCAGAAUUAUCCGGGAUUCCAUUGUGGAGAAUCAUUGUUGAUCCUGGCAUUGGGUUCUCCAAGAAAUCUGGAGAUAACCUUGAAGUAAUUGCUGGAUUGAGAUCCAUCAGGAGAGGGAUGGGUAAAACGAGUAUAGGCGCUUCACAUGCGCCAAUUUUACUGGGGACCUCGAGGAAAAGUUUCUUGGGUGAUAUAUGCCAUCAUGCUAAUCCAGCUGAGAGAGAUCAUGUUACUCUUGGAUGUGUUACAGUUGGGGUUUGGUGUGGUGCUAACAUAGUAAGGGUCCAUAAUGCUAGGUAUGGUGCAGAUGGUGCAAAACUUGGUGAUGCAUUCCGUAAAAGCUCUGGAUUUGUACAAGCAUGAGUGGAAUUCUCAGUAUCAUUGUUUUUUUUCUUUGAAUUAUUUCUCAGUAUCAUUGUUACCGACUUGUAGAGGCCGGCUUUGCCUUAAUAUAAAAAGAAAAUCAUUGUUACCGA